GACUUAUUAUAAUAGUUUUGUCGAAACCAGCUCUCUCUCUCUCUCUCUUCCAUUAUAUAACUAGUGAUGAUCUCUAUAUGGUAUAUCCAUUGAAACUGAACUCAACCAUGGCCAAACAAAGCCUUAUCUUUCUUCUACUUACAGUCAUACUCUUCUUCAUGAACCCUUCUUCAAGUUGUCCAAAUGAACAAAGAAAAGCCCUUCUUCAGUUCAAAUCUUCUCUCAUCAACUUGACAGUCAACACAACUUCAGAUGUGUCCUUACUUGGUUUGGAUUCAUGGGAGCACACUGCUUCAGACUGUUGUCUAUGGGAAAGAGUCAUCUGCAGUAGUUCUAGACCGAAUUCGAGUUCUGUCAUAGCUCUAUACCUCGACACCCUUGUAGUUUCCAUGGAGUUCACAAACCCCAUGGUUGUUCCAGCUAGUGUUUUGAAUCCACUCUUUGGUAUCAGAACCUUGAUGCUUCUUGACAUGUCUUCGAAUAUGAUUCAAGGUGAAAUUCCCAGUCAUCUGUUGGCUGAUCUUACCAAGUUGGUUCAUCUUGACAUGUUGGGAAACAGAUUCAGUGGCUCCAUUCCUAAACAGGUUUUCCAGCUCAAGUAUCUGAAGUAUCUUGAUUUGAGUAACAAUUUACUGAGUGGGGAUCUCAGCCGUGAAGUGGGGUUGUUGAGAAAUUUGAGGACAUUAAAGUUGGAUCAGAAUUCACUUGGUGGAAGUAUCCCUGAGGAGAUUGGGAGCUUGAAAGAGCUGGAAGAGUUGUCACUUGGAACCAACAUUUUCGAUGGUGGGAUUCCUGCCUCAGUUGGAUCCUUAAAGGAGCUUAAGAAGCUGGACUUGAGUCACAACCUCUUGUCCAUGGAGAUACCUUCAAUGAUUGGUGACUUAACUAACUUAACUACCUUGGUCUUGGCUGGUAACAGGCUGAGUGGUGGAAUCCCACUGUCGAUACAGAAACUUGAGAAGUUGGAAACUCUUGAUUUGGAGAGAAACAGCUUAGGAGGAGAGAUUCCAUUAUGGUUGUUCGAUAUGAAGAGCCUGAAGAACUUGCAUCUGGGGAGGAAUAAUUUGACAUGGAAUAGCAAUGCUGCAAAAGGAUUGGAGCCAAAGCCUCAGCUGUCGAAAUUGUCAUUGAGAUCUUGUGGAAUUGGAGGAGAAAUCCCAAGCUGGAUUUCGGAACAAAAGGGGCUUGAUUUCUUGGACUUGAGUGAGAACCAGCUUGAAGGUGAGUUUCCACUGUGGCUUGCUGAAAUGGAAGUUGGAGGGAUCAUUCUAUCAGACAACAAACUCAGUGGUUCUCUCUCGCCACGCCUUUUCCACUCUCGAAAUCUAUCAGUGCUCGCCUUGUCAAGGAAUAAUUUCUCAGGUGAGUUACCAGAAAACAUUGGUGAGGCCACAGGGAUUAUGAUUCUUAUGCUGGCUUCAAACCAAUUCUCAGGAGAAAUCCCAAAAUCCAUCACCAAGAUAUACCGCCUUCUGCUAUUGGACUUGUCGAAAAACCAGUUUUCUGGUUCAAGUUUCCCUGCAUUUGGUGAUGCAUUGCUGGCUUAUGUUGACAUCUCUUCAAAUGAAUUCUCUGGUGAGAUUCCAACCACUUUUUCUCUGCAGACUAGGAUUCUUGCUUUGGGAAAUAACAAGUUCUCAGGAAGUUUGCCGAAAAACUUGACUAAACUCACACUGCUUGAGCACUUAGAACUCAAUGACAACAACAUCACAGGAGAAUUGCCAAGUUUUUUUUCCCAAAUCUCCACUCUUCAAGUUCUGAUCUUGCGAAACAACUCCUUACAAGGCUUCAUCCCUGAGGACAUGUUCAACCUCAGCAGCCUUCGAAUUCUUGAUGUUUCUAACAACAAUCUAACUGGAAGAAUUCCUCAAAACACAGAAAACCUUUUUGGAAUGAUUAAUACUCCUGAGACACUCUCUUCACUUUACAAUGUUUUCACCAUACCAAUUGAGUACAACGACUUGAUAGUGAAUUGGAAGAGUUCAAAACAAGGUCUCGCUCACAAAAGCCUCGGUAUCUACUCGCUCUUGGACAUGUCAAGAAACCAGCUUUCUGGUGAAAUUCCAGUCUCAUUAGGUGAGUUAAAGGGUCUAAAGCUUCUCAACAUUUCGUACAACAGACUAACAGGGAAAAUCCCAUCAAGCUUUGGUGAUUUGGAGAGAGUAGAGAGCUUGGACUUGUCACAUAACAGACUCUCUGGCUCAAUUCCACCAACAUUUUCUAGGCUUAAAGAGCUUUCUACUUUGGUUUUGAGUAAUAAUUUGCUCAGUGGGAAGAUCCCUCUUGGUGGCCAAAUGGACACUAUGGCUGAUCUGGCCUCUUACGCCAACAACAGUGGAUUGUGUGGAAUGCAAAUUCAUGUUUUGUGUUCGGACCAAAAGCUGUCACCAGGAGUAGAAGAAGAAGAUGAUGAUGAUGAUGAGAAAUGGUUCUCAUGGGGAGGAGCAGGGUUUGGAUUCUUAGUUGGGUUCUUCUUAACAGUAGGAAUCUUGCACAUUUCUGGUUAUGUUGUGCCAAGGAAAGUUAACAAGACACAAAGAAGGAGAAGAACUAAAGUGCCAUAAAAGCAGAAAUAGAAUCGAGACUACUGAAGUUAUGUUCUUGCUUAGAAUGCAUGACUGGACAAGACUGUGAUCAAUAAUAUAUAGUAUAUAUAUAUAAUUAAACUACUUUAUGUU